UGAGGGAUGAGCUCAAGCAUGAAGCAUUGCUAUGAGAGCCCUUCCCAGAACGCAACCUCGCCUCCGCCCCCUCAUGACUUCCUCUUCCUCUCUCUCUCUGUUGUAAACAAUGGCUACUGGCAACACCGACGCCAAGCAAGUCUUGGCGACUUACUGCGAGUCGUUGCUCGGUGAAAUCCGAAAACAGAAGCAAAAUACGGGUGAUGACAAUGAGAAGGACAUUGUGCUGUCUCUCUAUGAAUACAAGUGUCAGUCCCUGUGGGAGGAGAUCAACAGCUGUGACAACAGUGCCCUUGCUCAAGAGUCCAAUGUUGUGAAAUACCUUCAGAAUAUUGCUCGGCUUGUUUUGGAUUCGACAUACUUGGAAGAAUGCACUCUUGUCAAUGAGGAGUUCUCAACUCCAACAACUUGGACUACAAUCAAGGAGAUUGCAGGAAUUUUAAACAAUGUUGAAAAACUCGCUGAACUGGCUGUACCAGGCAAAAAGCCAGUCGUGUCCCUUGGAGCGGAGAUUGUAGAGUGUUUACGGUGGCGGAGAGGGGCUCUCUGUUACAUGUACGGUUACACUCUGAAUGAAGCACAGCCUGACCGGGGUUAUCCAGACCACUACAAGCAGUGCCUGGAGAAUGGCGUGUCUGAGAUACUGACUAUGCUGAGCACCAGGGCGAACCCCAACUGGUUAAGAAGCCAUGUAGCUCACAACACGGAGUCAGACAGAAGCCAAGAACAAGAAGUUGUCUGUAACGACAGGACUGCCGCUCGUCUGUUUCUUGAAGGUAUCCUGAGCGACACCCACAUGCUUGCCCUGAUGUACUGUGGCGAGCUCUGCUACUGGCAUGCCCAGGCCGUGGAGAAAAAGAUCUUCCCCAAGUCCAGCAGCCCAGGCCAAAGCCCGGACACCUCUGCCUUAUCUGUGUCGGAUUUCCUGGCAAGGAUAAAUGGUGAAGUGGCUGAGGACAGCCCGUCAAAGUGCGUCUCUUCGUCAGAAAAGAGUGGGAAAAAUUCAGAGUCUGAUAGAACGGAGUCUUCAGAGGGGAAAUCCUCGUGUGAAUCUGAGAACUCCACAGGUCAGAAGUCAGAUGUCAAAGGUCAGAGGACUCGGCAGGGUCAGGUUUACAUCGAUAUUGGUCUGCUUUGUUUAAAGAAAUAUGUCGAGAUUGCUCAAGGUCCUUUGUCUAUUGGAGGAUGGACCACAGAUCAAGCCAAGAAAAUUCUUCAGUAUUUUUCAGAUUCAUGAUAUAAUGUGUAAGCGUGUGUUUUAGGUUGGAAGUUUUGCAUGUCUGGUGUGUGAAUUGAAAAUCACAAUUGCCUCUUUCUUCUUGUGGGUAUCUUAUGCAUGGAGCCUGUAUGUGUGUGUUGGUUUGUAUGUGUGUGUCUUUGUUGCUGUCUGUGUGUUUGCAUGUGUGGGAGAGGGGGAGGUGACGAGAGAGAGAGAGGGAGUGGGAGAUUCUUUGUUCUGUGAAAAUUUCCUUCUGUGAUGGAGAGAAUGAAAGAGAAAUUCACUGAAUGCAUGACGAAUGAGGCUGAAAAA